GACUUCCUAUAUGAUACAUUCAACGUCAAUGCCUCAAGGCGCUCAUAAAGUCGGCUCCUUUCUCAAUUCUCAUAAACUGAUGCAGCAGAAAACAGACCCAAGAAGAUGAACAUAAUGGAAUUAUCAGGGUUCCAUUCCCUCUUUGGUUUUCUGCUAUGUGGUCUAACUCUUCUAUUGCUUGUUCAAGCUCAGGAUCAGUCAGGCUUCAUUAGUUUAGACUGUGGAACACCAGAGAGUACAAGUUACACUGAAACGACAACCAAGAUCGACUACGUUUCUGAUGCACCCUUCAUAAACAGUGGUGUAAGUGGAAGUGUAGCUUCGAUUUAUGGAGAUAUCUACCAAAGGCAAAUGAGGAAACUCAGAAGCUUCCCCGAAGGAAUCAGAAAUUGUUACAAUGUAAGCGUUAAAAAGGAUACCAAAUACUUGAUUCGAGCAAAUUUCUUAUACGGAAACUACGAUGGCCUGAACUUGCUACCGCAGUUUGACCUCUAUAUUGGGAAUAGCUUAUGGGAAACAAUAAACUUCACCAAAGUUGGCAUUGACACUUUCAAAGAUCUCAUACAUGUUACCUCCUCAAAGGAAGUUCACAUCUGUCUGAUCAAUACAGGAAAUGGGGUACCAUUCAUCUCAGCCUUGGAAUUUAGACCUUUACUCAACAUUACUUAUCAAACAGCGUCAGGAUCCUUAUCACUGUAUACUCGAUUGGACAUUGGUUCCACAAACAAUCAAACAUACAGGUUCCCUUUUGAUGUUUAUGAUCGCCUCUGGUCACCAUUUAACUUCAAUGAGUGGACACAAGUGAGCACCAAUCAAACUGUAGAUGCUACUGAUCACAACAAUCACCAACCGCCCUCCGUUGUCAUGAAAACUGCUUCCACCCCAAUAAAUGCAAGCAAACCACUGGAAAUUUGGUGGGAUACCGUAAAUUCAUCUCAAUAUUAUGUAUUUAUCCACUUUGCUGAAGUUGUGGAGCUUAGGGGCAACCAGAGUAGAGGAUUCAAUAUCAUGCACAAUGGGGAUCAUUUUUAUGGACCUCUAAUUCCAAGUUAUUUAUCCACACUGACCGUUUACAGUCGAGAACAAUUGGAUGCAGCAGAUAGACAUACAUUUUCUUUAGUUCCAAUUGAGAAUGCAACACUUCCUCCAAUCAUUAAUGCUUUCGAGAUAUAUACAGUGAAGGAUAUAUCAGAGUUAGCAUCAGAUAAAGGAGAUGUGGAUGCAAUUACCAAUAUCAAGUCAACCUAUGGGGUAACGAAGGAUUGGCAAGGAGAUCCAUGUGUGCCGAUGGAAUAUCCCUGGAGUGGGUUGAAUUGUAGCAAUGAAGCUGCACCAAGAAUCACAUCCUUGAACUUGUCUACAAGUGGACUGAAUGGUGAAAUAUCUUCUUACAUAUCCAAACUAACAAUGUUGCAAACUUUGGACUUGUCAAACAAUAAUUUGACAGGGAAGGUGCCUGAUUUCCUGUCUAGUUUGUUGCACCUCAAAAUUCUGAACCUAGGUAAUAAUAACCUCUCAGGUCCACUACCGGCUGAUCUUUUGAAAAGAUCCAAUGAUGGCUCACUAUCAUUAAGUGUGGGAGGAAACCAAAAUCUCGAUGCAUGUACAUCAGAUCCAUGUCCAAAGAAUGAAAAGAAAAACAACAUCAUCAUUCCAAUAAGAAACUUGACAAGCCUUGUUGGAUAUUUGAAUGAAGGAAACCACCUGGGCCUCAUUUACGAGUACAUGGCCAAUGGAGAUUUAGCAGAACACCUUUCAGAGAGUAGUCCAAGUAUCCUAAGCUGGGAAGAUAGACUUCGAAUAGCAAUAGAUGCAGCUCAAGGACUGGAGUACCUGCAUUACGGUUGUAAGCCACCAAUAGUUCACAGAGAUGUGAAAACAACAAACAUCUUGUUGACAGAUAAUUUCCAAGGCAAACUUGCCGAUUUCGGUCUCUCCAAAAGCUUUCCCAUAGAUGGCAACACCCACAUGUCCACAGUUGUCGCUGGCACACCUGGUUAUCUUGAUCCAGAGUACUACGUCUCAAACAGACUAACAGAGAAAAGCGAUGUAUACAGCUUUGGGAUAGCUCUAUUAGAGAUAAUCAGUUGCAAACCAGUAAUAUCGAGAACCGGAGUUACACCACAUAUAGCUAAAUGGGCUACAUCUUCGCUGGCGCAAGGAGAUAUUCAGAGCAUUGUCGAUCCAAGAUUACAAGGGCAAUAUGACACUAACUCUGUUUGGAAGACGGCGGAAGUGGCAAUGGCUUGUGUAGCGGCAAAUUCCAGUAGAAGGCCAACGAUGAACGACGUUGUGGCAGAACUCAAAGAUUGCUUAGCCAUGGAAUUGAGUCGAAAGCUUGAGAAUCGUUCGCUUGAUUCAAUAAAUUCCAUCCAAUCGAGGCCCAUCUCCACUGUGGGGUUCAGUGCUACCGAUUCUGGUCCCAUGGCGAGGUGAACAUCGAAUUCUCCAGCUUGAAAAUAUGGAUCAUUUCUCUAAGGAGAUUUGUACUGUAUUUGUUAUCAAACCAUCUUUGUAACUUUUUUUUGGCAGUCGCACAACAAAACUUGGUGAUUGUUUUCUUUUCUUCGUACUACCUAAAACUGGUUGAUGUAUUUUGAUUUUGAAUAAGAGCUUAAUUUAUUUUU